GUCUUUGUUUUAUUUAUUUUAGUUUUUUGUUAAAUGGUUUACUUGUCCCUCUUUCCCCUCACUGUCCCGGAUGUGUCUCUUAUAACCCAUUUAAAUCCCCCCUCUCCUCCCCCCCCCCCUUCUCCUGUAAUGUCUCCCCCCUGUAGGGUCUCCUUGUUCUCUGUAUAGAGAGCAGGGUUGCUGCUGCCCAAUAUCAGGAUUCCCAGCACCCACAGCUAGAAUUUACCUGGAACUGCCCCCCUAGUCUUUAAUAGCCACCAGCCUACAUAGUUGUCAUGGGACUGAACAAUAAACAUUUCCAUGGCUGGGUCUCAUUGCACCACCUUCUGCUGGUCACCCUGCUUGGUAAUGGUGUCCCAGCGGAGCGUUCGGGAAAUGUCCACGUAUCUGGACUGCCAGUCGGAUGCACAGGGAUUCCAGAAGAAAUCCGGGAGCACAGCGGGACAAUAACAAGCCCAGGGUGGCCAUUAGAAUAUCCAUCAAGACUCAACUGCAGCUGGUAUAUCCGAGCCAAUCCUGGUGAAAUAAUUACCAUCAGUUUUCAAGAAUUUGACCUUCAAGGAUCAGACUCCUGCAGCUUUGAUUGGUUAACGAUAGGCCCAUCUCAAAACUAUGACGGCUCCCGGGUGUGUGGGUCGACUGUACCACCACCUUACAUCUCCUUGCAAGACCACGUAUGGAUCAGGUUCCACUCAGACAACCGUAUUACUAAAAAGGGCUUUCGCCUAUCAUUCUUUGCAGGAAAGACCAAAUGUGCAAGUGACCGGUUCCAUUGUGACAACGGAAAAUGCAUUUCCAAUACAUUGAAGUGUAAUCAUGUUGAUGAUUGUGGGGAUGACUCUGAUGAAAAGCUUUGCGCCAAAGUUAAUCGCCCAACACUGGCUUCUUUUGAGCCCUGUACAUACAACCAGUUCCAGUGUCUAUCGCGUUUCACCAAAGCCUACACCUGCCUCCCUAACUCCUUGAAAUGUGAUGGGAAUAUAGACUGCUUGGACUUGGGUGAUGAAAUAGAUUGUGACAUGCCGACGUGUGGCCAGUCCCUUAAAUAUUUCUAUGGUGCAUUCAGCUCUCCGAACUAUCCGGAUUUCUAUCCACCUGGUAGUAACUGCACAUGGCUCAUUGAUACUGGUGACCGACGUAAAGUUAUCCUGCGCUUUACAGAUUUUAAGUUAGAUGGCACAGGGUAUGGGGACUAUGUGAAAAUAUAUGAUGGACUAGAGGAAAAUCCCCCUAAACUGCUACGGGUCUUGACAGCUUUUGAUUCACAUACUCCACUUACAGUAGUGUCUUCAUCUGGACAAAUAAGAGUCCAUUUUUGUGCUGAUAAGGUAAAUGCAGCCAGAGGUUUUAAUGCAACAUACCAAGUGGAUGGCUUUUGCUUACCAUGGGAGAUCCCUUGUGGUGGUAACUGGGGGUGUUACACGGAACAGCAGCGUUGUGAUGGUUACUGGCACUGCCCAAAUGGAAGAGAUGAAUUAAACUGCACCAUGUGCCAAAAAGAGGAGUUCCCAUGUAACCGGAAUGGUGUCUGCUAUCCCCGCUCAGACCGAUGCAACUACCAAAACCAUUGCCCAAAUGGUUCAGAUGAGAAGAAUUGCUUUUUUUGCCAGCCAGGAAACUUUCACUGUAAAAAUAACCGAUGUGUGUUUGAAAGCUGGGUGUGUGACUCUCAGGACGAUUGUGGAGAUGGCAGUGAUGAGGAAAACUGCCCUGUUAUCGUACCUACAAGAGUCAUUACUGCAGCCGUUAUUGGGAGUCUCAUUUGUGGACUAUUACUGGUUAUUGCUUUAGGAUGCACUUGCAAACUUUACUCCCUUCGUAUGUUUGAGCGAAGAUCAUUUGAAACACAGCUUUCAAGAGUAGAAGCCGAUUUACUAAGACGCGAAGCCCCUCCUUCAUAUGGACAGUUGAUUGCUCAAGGUUUAAUUCCGCCAGUCGAAGACUUCCCAGUGUGCUCUCCAAACCAGGCUUCUGUUUUGGAAAACUUGAGACUUGCCGUCCGGUCACAACUAGGAUUUACAUCAAUUAGGCUUCCCAUAACUGGCAGAUCAAGUAACAUUUGGAAUAGAAUCUUCAAUUAUGUACGAUCACGUAAUUCAGGCUCAUUGGCCUUGGUCUCAACUGAUGGAGAGAAUACUGCUAACCAGAACUUAAGCAGAGAAACUGAAAGGAAUAGUACACACAGAGGUCUCUUCUCCGUAGAAUCUGAUGAAACAGACGCUGAACAUGAAAGGAGAGAUGCACAAGGAGCAGUAGGUGGAAUUGCUGCUUCUUUGCCCCAAAAAACUCCCCCCAUGUGUGCGGUCGAAGCCACAGUUAGUGGGGGCACUGCUACUCAGACAUCAAACACCAGCACAUCAGAUAACAGGAGGGAGAUUCCAGCUUCAGAACCUUCUGUCCCAAGUCCUGCACGACAGCAAUUCAGUAGUGCUCUAAGUAGAAUGACUCAAGGAUUACGUUGGGUACGAAUUACUCUUGGUAGGUCAAGUUCUGCAGGCCAAAACCAGAGUCCACUGAGACAGCUUGACAGCAGUGGAAGCAGACGAGAAGAUGACGAUGAUGUUGAAAUGCUUAUACCUGCAUUAGACUUUGACCUAAAUGACUGUACUAGACCCUUACUAGACCUUGCUUCUGAUCCGGAUCCAGGCUUAACACAGCCUUUUAAUGCAGGACAUCAGGGAACAAGGUCAUGCAGCCGUGAUGGUCCAUGUGAGUGCUGCGGUAUUGUGCACACAGCUCAGAUCCCUGACACCUGUCUGGAAGCUGUGCUGAAGAACGAGACAAGUGAUGAUGAGGCAUUGCUACUCUGUUAGAUGCAGAUUAUUAAGUAGUGGUGAUAUCACUAUUUUGGAGCAAUAUAUAAUCACUGUUUUUGUACUUCGCAGAAACCAAUUAUCAACCAUUUGAGGGCCAGAGGAUUGAGCAGGACUGUUGCAUUCUGCUCCGACCUCCUGCCACACAAAUGGGCAUUGCUUGGAAUAUUCAAGUGGAAUAACAAAAACAUUCUCCGUGGGCUUAAAAUUCUCUGUGGGUACUUCUGGUUGUCCCAUUGGCUGUUUUGUACCCAACAUUUGCACACAACUGUACAGGAUACCUUACUUGGGGUACAGCAGUUUAUGCCGGUACAGAAUUAGAAUAACGUUUACACUCUAGAAAUCUAGUUGUGUGUAAAUAUAUGGCUCUGUGAGCGUCUGUUGCACGAACACAACUUGCAUACAAAAAUUUGAGUCUAAUAACAAUGUCACAAGUACCAUACAGCUUGCUUCAAAGCAUCCAAUGUUUGCACAAAUCACAUCUGAGUGAA